UACCCUAAAAAACGAAAAAAAAUCUCUGCAAUUCCAACCCAAGCAAAGAUACUGUGCUAAUCUUCUCCUUACUUCGAUCUUCAACACUCAAUCAUUGCCUCUCUGAAGUCGUCGGAGUUCGCCUUCGUGGAGUUGCUGCUAUCAGUUCCUGUCGUCUGAGCUUGUCGGAGCAAGCCGUCGAGUUCGCUGCUUACCGUCUGAGGUUGAUUGAUUGGCUCAUUGUUGAAGGUUCUCGUCAGGGGGUUCUGUGGUUGAAGCGCUAUUUACCAAUUCGUAUGAACGUGGGUUGUUCAUCUGUUCUUGCUGAUUCUAGUGCAAUGAAAAUCUUCUGGAUUACUGUAUAGGAAUGACAACCUUAAGAAGUUCACUUAUGCCUUCACUUGUAAAGACUUCUCCUUUCUUUUCAUACUUCACUAAAAUUCCAUGGAUAUUUCCCGGCCAGAAUACUUUUCAAGCUAGCCUCCAAGUCCAUAGCCAUCGGUCGACUGUAUUUUCAAAAACUAUACUGAAAUGUAGUUGCAACAGUUACUUCUCUAUACACGCAGCUAGAUAUUUUUGUUCUGUUGCUUUAGCUGCCACUUCGUCUGUUCACAAAUCCUCAGCAUCUUCUACCGAUAAAAUCUCGAACAGAUCAAGGAAAAAAGCCCUCAAGGAAUCGCCUGAUAGAGUGCUUAAACAUAAAUUAGAUAUGUGCUCAAAGAAUGGACAAGUUGUUGAAGCACUGAAGCUUUACGACGAGGCACGGAGUAAUGGCAUCCAACUUCAACAACAUCAUUAUAAUGUAUUGCUGUAUUUGUGUUCUUCGUCGAGCUCGCUUGAAACAAGUGAGGAUAUCGAUGUAUUAAGCGUGGGCUUGAGUAGGGGUUUCGAGAUUUUUCAGCAAAUGAUGACUGAUAAAGUAUACCCAAAUGAGGCGACAUUUACUAGUGUUGCAAGAUUGGCAACUGCAAGGGAUGAUCCAGAAAUGGCUUUUUCUUUGGUGAAGCAGAUGAAGGAUUAUGAUAUUGCACCAAGAUUGAGGUCAUAUGGACCAGCACUUUUUGGUUUCUGUAGGAAGCUAAUGCCUCAAGAAGCUUAUGAAGUUGAUUCCCACAUGGCUGCAGCUGAGGUGCAACCCGAAGAACCUGAGCUUUCUGCUCUUCUAAAACUCAGUUCUGAUGUGAAGAAGGCCGAUAAGGUCUACGAGUUGCUGCUUCGGUUAAGAAGAACAGUGAGGCAGGUCUCUGAACCUACUGCUAAAGUUAUUGAAGAUUGGUUUAAUUCUGAAUGUGCAGCAGAAGUUGGUGUUAAACGUUGGGAUGUGAACGAGGUUAGGGAAGGAAUCGUUAAACGAGGUGGAGGGUGGCAUGGACAAGGCUGGCUCGGUAGUGGGAAGUGGAGGCUCGUGAGAACUGUGAUGGACGAUAGUGGCGUUUGUCAGUUGUGUGGUCAGAAACUUGUUUGCAUCGAUAUUGAUCCGAAAGAAACUGAAAACUUUGCUGCCUCGUUGACCAAGUUGGCUUGCGAACGAGAAGUUAAAGCUGAAUUUAAUAGAUUCCAGGAGUGGCUUGAAAGGCAUGGUCCUUUUGAUGCUGUAAUUGAUGGUGCCAACGUUGGUCUUAUUAAUCAACAUCAUUUCAGCUUUAUCCAGCUCAAAAGGGUUGUAUAUCAAAUGCGUCAACUGAGCCCUACAAAGAGAAUGCCACUCAUAAUUUUACAUAGAAGUCGUGUUACUGGAGGUCCUGCACUGAAUCCUAAUAACAAGAGAUUAAUAGAGUCAUGGAAAGAUUGUGGUGCGCUCUAUGCUACCCCUCAUGGCUCGAAUGAUGACUGGUACUGGCUAUAUGCUGCUGUACGCUUUAAAUGUUUUCUGCUGACGAACGAUGAAAUGAGAGACCACUUGUUCCAAUUGCUUGGCAACAACUUUUUCCCGCAAUGGAAGGAAAAGCAUCAGAUUCGAAUGUCGGUAUCGCAAGAUGGACUAAAACUCCACAUGCCUCCGCCUUAUUCAGUUGUCAUUCAGGAGUGUGAAAAUGGAAGUUGGCACAUUCCAACGGCCACAGGUGAUGAUCUAGAGACCCCAAAGCAAUGGCUGUGUGCCACCAGAGCGAACUGAUAUUUGAAUUUGAUAGCAUUUUGGUGUCUCGUAAGUCUUAUAUUAUUGUAGCUAGCCUCCACCAACACACGACUCCGUCAGUGUCACUGUCGCCAUUACCUCGUUUCAUAUAUGAGACGAGGGAGGAGCUUCCCUUCGUCUCAUUUCUGAGAGGGGAGAGAACGACAAGGGAGAAAGAUGAGAGAUAGAGCUCGACGCCAUUUUUUUUCUAGAACUUCUUUUGUUUAACGACAUUGUAACUAAGUAUUCAUAAUCAUUGUCAUUAUCUUCAUUCAUUUCAUAAUCAUGACAAUCUUUUCAUUCCAUUCAAUUCACUUAUGAACUAAAA